CUCGCCCAGCUCCAGCAGCGGAGGAGCGGAGCGCGGGGUGAAGCACCGCCAGGCCAGCCCUCUGGCCCACCGGCGGGACAGCAACCCCUUCACCGAGAUCGCCAUGAGCUCCUGCAAGUACACCGGCGGCGUCAUGAAGCCCCUCAGCCGCCUCAGCGCCUCCCGAAGGAACCUCUUGGACUCGGCCGAGGGCCACGAAGGAGCCCCCGCGGGGCCCUGCCCCUCCUCCGGAGCCCCGCCGGAGAUCGUCAUCUCCCGGGAGGACAACCAUUCCCCGCAAGGGAUGCUGCUCCACCCGCUGGGCAACACGGCCAAGGCAGCCGGCCCCUUAGCGGCAGCGGCAGGGGCACCACCAGGAGCGUCAGGCGGGGUCUCGGUGGGUCUGGCGCCCGGCUCCUCGCCCGCCUUGGCCAAGGGGCCCCCCGCCAAGCGCAAGACCCAGAACAUCGGCUACCGCCUGGGCCACCGCCGCGCCCUCUUCGAGAAGCGGAAGCGCCUCAGCGACUACGCCCUCAUCUUCGGCAUGUUCGGCAUCGUGGUCAUGGUCAUCGAGACCGAGCUCUCCUGGGGGCUCUACUCCAAGGGCUCCAUGUUCUCCCUGGCGCUGAAAUGCCUUAUUAGUCUCUCGACUGUCAUUUUGCUGGGACUCAUCAUCGCCUAUCACACCCGGGAAGUUCAGCUCUUUGUGAUCGACAACGGCGCUGACGACUGGCGGAUUGCCAUGACCUAUGAGCGCAUCCUAUACAUCAGCUUGGAGAUGCUGGUUUGCGCCAUCCACCCCAUCCCCGGGGAGUACCGGUUCUUUUGGACGGCCCGGCUGGCCUUCUCCUACACGCCUUCGCAGGCGGAGGCGGAUGUGGACAUCAUCCUCUCUAUCCCCAUGUUCCUGCGCCUCUACCUGAUCGCCCGGGUCAUGCUGCUGCACAGCAAGCUCUUCACGGACGCUUCCUCCCGCAGCAUUGGCGCCUUGAACAAGAUCAACUUCAACACCCGUUUUGUCAUGAAGACCCUCAUGACCAUCUGUCCCGGGACUGUGCUGCUGGUCUUCAGCAUCUCCUUGUGGAUCAUUGCCGCCUGGACGGUGCGUGUGUGCGAGAGGUAUCACGACCAGCAAGACGUUACCAGCAACUUCUUGGGUGCCAUGUGGCUCAUCUCCAUCACCUUCCUCUCCAUCGGCUACGGCGACAUGGUCCCGAACACAUACUGCGGCAAAGGCGUCUGUCUGCUCACGGGCAUCAUGGGGGCCGGCUGCACUGCCCUGGUGGUGGCUGUAGUGGCAAGGAAACUGGAACUCACCAAAGCUGAGAAACACGUGCAUAACUUCAUGAUGGACACACAACUCACCAAGCGGAUCAAAAACGCUGCCGCCAACGUUCUGCGGGAAACCUGGCUUAUCUACAAACACACCAAGCUGCUAAAAAAGAUUGACCACGCCAAAGUCCGGAAGCACCAGAGGAAGUUCCUCCAAGCCAUUCACCAGUAA